AUGAAUAGAGCAGCCACUGUAGGUACUUCAGAUGUUGAUAAUAUAAUUAGCAAUAGUUCAUAUUCUGAUUCCAAUAUUUUGAAUGAUUUAACAACUGAUUGUUUAAAUCUUUUACCUGCGGUAUAUGCAAAAAGUAAUGAAAAUAACUAUACAAACCUUAACUAUAUUAAAACUAUUGAAAUUGAGCUUAAAAAUUGGGCUGUCAGUUGUAAAAUUGCUCAGUGUCAUUUGAAUGCAUUAUUAAUUAUUCUAAGAAAGUACAAAGGGUUUGAAAAGCCUCCAAAGGAUUCUAGAACUCUCCUUCAAACUCCCAUAGUUUAUACUGAUCAAAUACGACUUGUCAAUCCAAAUUGCAAAUAUUUUCAUUUUGGAUUACCUGAUACACUUCAAAAUAUUAUUCAAGUAAUAAUGUUCCGAAAAAAACAGCAUUAG